AUGUCCGGCUCUUCCAGCGUGGUGGCUAUGAGAAAAGUGGUGCAGCAGCUGCGCCUGGAGGCCAGCGAGCGCGUGAAGGUUUCACAAGCUGCAAGUGACUUAAAGCAGUUUUGUCUGCAGAAUGCACAUCACGAUCCCCUAUUAACAGGAGUUUCUUCAAGUACAAAUCCAUUUAGGCCUCCAAAAGUUUGUUCUUUUCUCUAACUUGGUGUCUUUCAGGAUCUAACAACUUUUCAUAUCUGUGUGUAUGGGGAACAUGGAAACAAAGCAGUGGAUUGGAACUUGUACAGGAACUUUGCCUUAAUGUGCCAACUUAGUUCUAGUAAAUACUGUUACUCUUGUCAUGCCUACCACAAUCUACCUCUCUAAACAAACUGUAUGUUAGCUGCAAUAACUUCUGUAUCAUGAGGGAAACAGUUUUA